AUGUAUGGUCAUAGAGUAUGCAUUCCUGAAAAGUACCAGAAUCAAGUUUUGGAAGAACUUCAUGUUGGACAUCCUGGAAUUGUCAAAAUGAAGGCCAUAGCUAGAAGCUACUGCUAUUGGCAAGGUAUUGAUGCCAGUAUAGCCAAUUUUGUUCAGAACUGUUCAGCUUGUAUCGCAACGAGGAACGAACCAGCAAGGAUAAAUCGACAUCCGUGGGAAUGGCCAAAUGGACCUUGGCAAAGGAUACACGUUAACUACGCUGGUCCUUUUAUGGGGAAAAUGUUUUUUGUAGUCUCUGAUGCAUAUUCGAAGUGGAUAGAAGUCAUUCCGAUGAAUAAUAUUACAGCUAGUCUUACAAUUCAUCAUCUUCGUAUUCUUUUUGCUCAUUAUGGAAUUCCCUUAACUUUGGUUAGUGAUAACGGCGCAAGUUUUACUAGUUACGAAUUUCGACAUUUUUUGAAACUGAAUAAUAUUAAACAUAUAACUUCAGCACCUUACCAUCCUGCUACGAACGGACAGGCAGAAAGAAUAGUGCAGUUGUUCAAAGCUUCGUUGAAAUCGAAUAGAGGUGAUUAUGGAGAUCUAAAUGUGAAAUUACGAAGAUUUUUAUUACAGUAUAGAAUAACUCCACAUUCCCUCACGGGAGAAACUCCGAGUGCCUUGUUUUUGAAGAGAUGUAUUCGCACUAGGCUUGAUCUUUUUAAACCAAAUUUGAGAGACAAAGUUGUUCAGAAACAGAGUUCGAGACUUGACACAAAAUCUAUCUUGCGUGAGUUUCAGGAAGGGGAGAAAGUAGCCAGACACGUAGAUCAAAUAAGGAAAUGUGGGAAGUCGAUUGAAUUAUCCCAAGCUGCUACUGAAAUUCCAAUUUACGAUAAAGAAUUGAAUUUUCCAGAUGAGCCAGUAUCCGAUGAUGUUGCUGAAUCGGAACCGCCUGCACCUGUACCUGAAGUUGUCCUUGAACCUAAGGACGUACCUGUAUCUGCCACUCCAAGUGAUGAUAUGCCACCUGGGCCUGUACCAGACGCUUCCGGAAAGCCCAAAACUGAUGUGCCACUCCGACGCUCAAACCGAAUCAGGAGACCUCCAGAGAGACUCGACCUGUGA